AUGCCUUUUCAAGCUAAAGAAACAGAUAAGCUUCUUGCAAAGAGACAACAAUCACUCAAGGUUAUUUCUUCUAACUAUGCCCCUCUAAUGGAUAAAGAUAAAGUGUUUGGUGAGGAACUUUGUUCAAUUAUUGAAAAAGAAAAUUCUACCAAUAAACUCUUCAACAAAACAGCAGAAACCAUAAACGACAAAAUUAUAGAAGUAGCAGUAGUAAACUCUCUUACUUUAGAA